AUGGGAGACCCUCUGUUGAACGACCCUCAAUCCAAAGCCGUGAGGAUCGUCCUCGUCGGGAAAACCGGAUGUGGUAAAAGUGCCACAGGCAACACCAUUCUUGGGGAACAGAAAUUUAUUUCAAAAUUAUCUGCCAGCUCUGUAACCCCAAAAUGCCAGAAAGCGUUCCAGGAAUGGAAGGGGAGGAACAUCCUCGUCGUGGACACCCCGGGGCUCUUUGACACCAAGGAGAAGCAGGACAUCACCUGCAGGAAGAUCAGCGAGUGCAUCCUCUACUCCUCCCCGGGCCCUCACGCCAUCAUCCUGGUGCUGUCCCUGAACCGCUACACAGAGGAAGAGCAGAAAGUCUUUGCAUUGGUCAAGGCUCUCUUUGGGGAGUCGGUCACCAGGCACAUGAUUGUUCUGUUCACUCGCAAAGAAGACUUGGAGGGCAGAAACCUACGUGACUUCAUAGCUGAAGCUGACGUGAGCCUAAAAAACAUGGUCAAGGAGUGUGGGAGCCGCUGCUGUGCCUUCAGCAACAGAGCAGGGAAGGCUGAGAAGGAAGCUCAGGUGCAGGAGCUGAUGCACAUGAUAGAGGAAAUGAUCCUCAGCCGAGGUCACUUCACUCAUGAGACAUACGAGAAAGUAGAGGGAAGUCUGAAACCGGAGGUUGAGGCCUUGAUCAAAAAAUAUGAUAGCCAGUUGGAAAGGGGAAUUUCUCAAGUAGGAAAAAAAGAUCCCAGUAUGUCACAGGAACAAAUGGAGAAAGAAAUAAAAUUGUUAAAAGAGCAAUAUGCUGCUCAAAUAAGAAAUACAAGAGAAGAAGCUGGAAAGAAUAUAUUUAAUGAUGUUUUCGACAUGAUUAGUAAUUUAUUUUCAAAAUUUCCAAACUUAUUUUCUUUUUGGAAGUAG